AUGGUUUAUAUUCGACAUAAACCGCGAAUAGAAAACAUGAUAGCUAAUGAUUUAGCUCAGGUGGCAUCCGGGUACAAAAUUUCAAAGGAAAAUUUGCACAAAGUCAUUAAAGUCAGGGGAAGGGUCGUGGAAACCAUAUUAAUUCCUUUAGAUUUAGAAAAGACGAAGCUAGGAUAUGCUGAUGAAGGAAAUUUGGAAGUAUUGGCAAUAGACAAUUUGACGGAUGAAGAUUGGAGAAAACCAAUAGUGGAGUACCUGCAGAAUGCAACAGUGUCUACUGAUCGAAAAACCAGGUAUCGAGCAUUAAGUUACGUUCUUUUGGGUUCAGAGUUGUUUAAGAAAUCUUCUAAGGGAAUUCUGCUUAAAUGCCUCAGUGAGUCAGAGGCAUACUUUGCCCUUUCGACUGUACAUAGUGGAGUGUGUGGGGCACACCAAGUCGGUCAUAAGAUGAAAUGGUUCUUAUUUCGCCAGGGGAUGUAUUGGCCUACCAUGUUGAAAGAUUAUAUUGAAUUCACGAAGGGUUUCCAAGAAUGUCAGGUGCAUGCGGGCAUACAGCAUGUCCCUGCAAGUGAAUUACAUUCUAUCAUCAAGCCUUGGCCGUUUAGGGGUUGGGCCUUAGAUUUGAUUGGUGAAAUUCGACCGCCAUCAUCUAAAAGUCAAAGAUAUAUAUUGAUUUGGAAUCCCGGAGACAAUUACGACGGAUCAAGGAUCAGUAUUACUGGUAGGAAAAUGCAAGAGUUUUCCAGAGAAAUGGGCUUCAAAUUAUUAACGUCCACACCGUAUUAUGCUCAGGACAACAGACAAGUUGAAGCUGCCAAUGAAGUAAUAAUUGGUUUGAUUAAAAAGCAUGUAGGGAAGAAGCCUAGGAAUUGGCACAAAACUCUGGACCAGAUUUUUUGGGCAUGUUGUACGUCCCCCAAAGAGGCUACUAAGUCGACCCCAUUUCGCCUAACCUUUGGUCAUGAUGUUGUUCUACCAGUGGAAAUUCACCUCCAAUUUAUAAGGAUUCAAAGGCAACAUGAACUCCCAACAGAAUCAUAUUGGAGCAUGAUGUUGGAUGAAUUGGUCGAUUUAGACGUGGAAAAGUUAAAUGCCUUAAAAUUGCUAAAGCGACAAAAGAAGAGAAUAGAAGUCUCUUAUAAUAAGAAAGUGAAAGUUAAAAGCUUUGCACCCGAAUACUUGGUCUGGAAAGUGAUCCUUCCAAUGGAUCGAAAAGAUAGAGCCUUGGGGAAGUGGUCCCCCAAAUGGGAAGGCCCUUUCCAAGUUUUACAGAUAUUCUCUAAUGGUGCCUAUGAAAUCGAAGAGCUUAGCGAAGAUAAAACAAUUCUAAGAGUAAACGGAAAAUAUUUGAAAAAAUAUAAACCGAUAAUCCAAGAAGUAAAAAUAAGAGACGAAUAA